CCGGUGGCCUAUACAUUGCCGUGCCGCGGCGUCUCUGCUCAGUACACGGUGUCCCGUUCUCCCGGUAACAUGCCUUUCAUCGAGCUGAAGACCAACCUUCCCACCGGAUCUCUGUCCGAAGAUUUGGUGAAGAAGCUGAGCGCAUGCGCCUCCGCCACUCUGGGGAAACCUGAUGACAGGAUGAACGUGGUGAUCAUGCCCAACUGUCCCAUGAUGGUGUCUGGCUCCUGCACUCCAUGCGUGAUGCUGACAGUGUCUGCGAUCGGAGUGACUGACACUGCAGAAAAGAACAAGGAACACAGCGCCAAGCUCUUUAACUUCCUGACCAAAGAGCUCCGUCUGAGUGAGGACAGGAUCGUGAUCAUGUUCCAAACUCUGCAGCCUCACCAGGUGGGAAAGAAGGGGACGGUCAUGAGCUUCCUGUGAAGGAUGGCGGUGAUGGUGGCGGCGGUGUUUCAGACACGCCUCACUCACAUUCCUUCAGACAGGAGAAGAAGAAUCAGUCAGCAUUCAUUCGAUUUUAAACUUUCCCCUUUUAUGCUGACAGACAUGAUAAUGAGAUUUAUUUUUAACCAUUAAAGACCAGACUGAUUUAUUUUGAAAGGAUGCACUUUUUAAUUUCCUGUCUGUUAGAUAAGCAGUAUUUUUACAGCACCAAAUCAAUAAAGUGCCACUUUUUAAAACCUA